UAUACGCCAGACGCACAGUUUGGAUUUAACCAGACAUUUUUGUCAAUCAAAUCUGCUUGACGUUUAUCACUAUAAGUCAUAAGUGGAAGAUAAAAUUUGAAGACAAUGAAGACAAUAGCUAUUUUCUAUUUUGCAGUAAUUGCAACCACAAUAGCGGUAGAAUUGCCAAGCAAUUUUAAAACUUGCAAACGAUCGGAUCCAAAUAUGUCACAGUGCCUCACGAAUGUUGUCAAAGAAGCAAUCAUCUUUCUGGCUGAUGGUCUGGAGAGCUUGAAAAUUGAACCUCUUGAACAAAUGAAGUUUGAGUUUAAAAUAAAUGGAACCCAUGGCCCAGUACAAAUGACACAAGAAUAUCAAAAUGGCAAGUUAUAUGGAUUAACAAAAAGAUUUGAAUUACAUGAUUUUCAAAUUGAUUGGGAUAAUUCAGUUAUGAAGUUUUACGUUUUCCACGAGGAAAUAAGUUUCUUAGGCGAUUAUAAAGUUCAAGGCAAAAUUCUGGUAGUGCCAGUCUAUGGAAACGGAAAGUUUAAAAUGUCUGUAUAUAAUGUAACGACACAUCACGAAAUAUAUUUCAAAACGUUUGAAAAGAACAGAGAGUCUUACAUAAGAGUGAACAAAUAUUUUAUAAAGACUUUUUACAAACGUGUAACACUACAUUACGAUAAUCUCUUUGAUGGAAAUGAAGCUUUAGGUAAUAAUAUAAACAAAUUCGUCAAUGACAACAGCAUGUAUCUCUUCGGGGAAUUUGUACCGUUUCUUGAGGAAGCUUUUGCUAGGGCCUUCUUUAAAAUCAGUAAUCAAAUUUUCACUCACGUGCCAAUGAACAAGAUUUUUCCACUUACAUAGAUCAAUGGUAACAUAGAUUUACAUACAUCAUUUUUAUACUAUUUUUUUUUUAAAUAAGAUAAUUUGUAAUAUGUUUAGAAAGAUUAUACUGACAAAAUAAA